AGGAAUAAAACAGGAAGCAGAGAGCAGGACCAAGAAAAUCAAUUGAUUGCGAUGCUGGCCGGUGGCAGCGCAGAAGUUGGAGCCUGCAGAGCAACUGCAAUGUCAAUGCCAGCGGCUACAGGACACCAGCAGACCGCUAGAGCCACGCCCAAACAAAUGCGAAAAAGUAAAACGACCCAGCCAGGCAUUUUGGCACGCAGCAAUGCCGGUGAAGGUGGCCCACGCAGUGCCAUCACCUCCUCCUCCUCUGCCUCCGCUAAGACGGCCACCAUAAUGACAGCCAGACCAGGCGGGGAGAGGGGGAAUCGCACUAUUGUGUCGGGCGUCGGCAAAGGUGGCUCGUCCGUGGGUGCCAAAAAGCAAGAGAAUGUCGGUGGCUUCGUUGAUGGAAUCGAAAUGUAUCUCGGCCUAAUUGGCUGGCGUAAAAAGUGCCUAUACACAUUGCUGUUACUGUUAAUGCUGCUAAUCAUCACAAACUUGGUGCUGACAUUGUGGAUACUCAAGGUGAUGGAGUUCUCGACGGAUGGCAUGGGCCAACUGAAGAUCGUUCCAGGUGGCAUCCAACUCACAGGCCAGACGGUCAUUAUGGACAUGCUGCGGGCAUCGACAAUACGCUCAAGGCACGGACAGCCGAUAUCCAUAGAGUCCUCACGUAAUUUUUCAAUCAAUACACGUGACCCGAACGGUGUGCUUGAGAAUCAUUUAUUCUUGGGGCAUGAUAAGUUUGAAUGUCUGUCAGCGGGAUUUCGCAUCAACGAUACCACCGGACGAAAUUUAUUUUCGGUAAAUCGAAAUCGAGUCACUAUCGGAGCGCACUCGCUCCGCAUCGAGGGAGAGGGUGGCGCCAUCUUCCGGGAGUCCAUACAAACACCGCACAUUCGUGCUGAGCCGGGCCGGGAGCUCAGGUAAGUGUUCAAUACCUAUGACCCACUG